UAGUUGUACCUUUCUCAUGGAGUUAGAAAACAGGGAAACCGAGCUGCUGAGGGCUUUUGACGCGCUCAACGAGGUUCAGGCUUUCGUUAACGAGACAACCGAGCAGCAAAAGGCCAGAGCUGAAGCACAUAGGAAAAUAUGGAGCAAAGAACUCAGCCAGAAGUAUGACAGCGCAGUUGGCACAGUUGUGAGUGUGUGCACAUUUUUGGUCGAGGCCAGCCAGAAGCAGGAAAUAUGGGACUGGGACUGGGUUGCGCCUGCCAUUCGGGCUCAGAUUCUGUGGGCAUGCAGUGUCGCGGACAUGCUGACGGAACAGCCCGGCCGCCCGGCCCUGCUCUCGCACGGCUUUCUCGCUGCCCUCUUGUAUCCUUGGGCGACUGUAUUGCAAGCCAUAGCAGCAGUGGGGACCGCUGCUGCCGCGGUUCUGGCCGCCACCCAAACGCCACCAGCGUCGGCGCAGGCUGUCGACAACGAAUGCAAGAUUGCCGUCGAGCAGCAUAAGCUUGUGCUGCUAGCGGCGCGCGCCCUCCAGAUCGUCCUGCGGACCGCCGAGGCACUCGGCGCCAGCCCCCGCGGCCCAAACGCCUCACAGGGCCAGGCGAAUACCAUGGGCGUUGGGUACGGCGCCGCUGGCGGCAUCGUGUGCGGCAAUUCGGGCAAGGAUGUCCGCGACUGCCCCUGCGGCGUGCACAGCUUUGAUGUGCUGGCCCAGCUCUGCAGCAGCGCCGUGAGCGAACUUCUCCUGUCGGCCAUGCCGCCAGAUCUGCAGGAGGUGGAAGGCGAGCGCUGGGAGAACCUGCCAACCGUGGCGGCACUUGCCCUGAAAGGGCCGUCGGCAGCCGACGCCUCCGGCUUAACGCCGGAAAAAGCGGCGGAGUUCGCCGUGGUGCAGGCGGAGGCAAUGGACACGGCGACGAUGUACCUGCAGAAAGCGUGCCGGCACAUUGAUCCGCUGGCGGCAGGACUUGAGGGGUCCGCCAACACGAGCACGCUGCAGGCGGCGCUUGCGAGCAAGGACGUGCGGCGGCUGCAGGUGGUGCUACUGGAACGACUGAUCCUACACGGCGAGGGCGACAGCGGCGGUCCGGGCGGCGGGGCGGCCGUUGCCAGCAGUAGCAGCAGCAGUAGCGGUGGCGGCGGCGGCAGCAGUCAGUGCUGGCUUCUGCGGUACGAGGCGCAGCAGCGGGCAGUGGUGAUGCCGCAGCCGGAGCAGGAGCCGGAGCUGGAGCCGGGGGCGGAGCUGCAAUCGCGCUGGUCCCAUCCGCUGCGGCAGCGGGAGCUGGAGCGCACGCACGCGACGUGGCUAGUCAUCAGUCUGGGCGCGUGGGGCCGCAUGGCGCGCCGCACGGGCUUCCAACCGCCGCCGCUGGCGCUGGUCGUGCGCCUGGCCAAGCGCGCGAUGCAGGCGCUCUCACGGCUGCUGAGCGCCGGCGGCGUGGGCCCAGCGGGCGGGGGCGGGCCCCGUGUUCUGGGCCUGGGAGGCGCCAGCUACGGGCCCCGGCCUCUGAUAUCGGCCGUGUCCACCGAGCCUCUGUUCAUGGCCGAAGCAUUCAGCUUCGCGCCCCAGCUGUCGGCGCUGCCCAGUCGUGCCCAGGUGGAGGCAUUGCUGCCGGAUGCGAUGGAGGCAGGGGCUCGCUUCCUGGCCCUGCAGGUGGCGGCACUGCGGCCGCUGCAGGCUUCCUGGCUGCUGUGUGUUCGAGGCCCGAUGCCGGGGACUGGAGCGGCGGCGGACUGGCUGGCUCCGGGGGCCAUGGAUGCGCUUAAUGAAAGCAUGAAGGACGCAUGGACGAGCGUCCAUAUCCUGCUGGCAGACCUUUGCCGGAUUUGGAAUUGGGAUGGCCUGUUGGAUGGCGCGAGCCCGGCGUGCUUGGCCGCGGCGGCGGUGGUGGCGCGGAGCACGGGCCUGUUGGACGCGUGUGACAACCUACUGCGCCUGCACGCGGCACUGCAGCUGGCGCUUGCAGCAGCGCCAGCCACCGUCACCGCGACCGCGGCCGGCCAGGCGGAUGCACCCGGUACCGGUGGUCACGACGACGGCGUCAGCAGCAUUUCUAACCGUACUAGAAGCGCGCCGGCAACGAGCGCUGUGAGCGGUGGCGGAGCGGGUGGGCCGGCGACCGGAGCAGGGAGCGGCGGGGCCGGCUCUGAAUAUGUGGGCGCGGAGCGGGUGGUUUACAAGAUGUCAUUUGACGCGCUCGACCGUGCCUGCGAGCUGCAUGAACGGGUCCUCCACGUGUUGGACCAGGCGGCGGACCUGCAGCGACCGGCAGUGCGGCUGGAGGGGCCGGCGGCAGCAGCUGCUGCCUUGACAGGCGCCGGCGCUGCAACAGCAGCAGCCCCCGGGGCCAGUAGCAGCACAGCGCCACCGGAUGCAGGCGCGAACACCUCAGGCCCAGCAGCGGCAACGGUGGCGGGCGGCGAGGAGGGGCGGCUCGCAGGGGACAUUGCCACGGGUGGCGGGAGGCAGCGCGACAGCGACAGGGACGGCGCCUGGGGCUUGCUUGUCAGCAGCGCCAAGUACGGCCGGAUCUUGGCGCGACGCACACUGGUGCAGGCGCGGCAAAAGCAGGCGGGCGGCGGCAAGGCGGCUGCCGGUUUGGGCGACCUUGCUUUCUGGCUGCCCGUGCUGUCCAAAGCCGUCUCGCACCACGCCUUCAGCCGCUUUCCGGAAGCGUUCAGCCAGGAGUUUGCCCAUGCGGUGCUGCGCCAAGAGUGGUGCGAGGGACCGAGCGCUGACGAGCUGACGCCAGCGCAGGUGCGGGCGGCGGAGGCGCACGCGUAUGUGCUACGAGCCGCCUGCGACUUUGGGUUGGUUGUGGCCUUCCUGCCCGACAGCCUCCGCGUGACGUGCAUGGUGGCGGUUGUGACUGGCUGCGUGAUGCGUUGGGCGGCGGCAGCGAUGAGCCUGACACCUUGCGCCUUUGCGGACCCUGCUGCCGCGGCACCGCCGCUUUCGGGGCCGCAGCUGCUGGCGUGCCAGCCACACCGGCUGCUGGCGGCGGCGUGCGAUAUGCUGCGGCGGACGCCGCGCAGACGCUCAGGCACUGGCAUCAAAGAAGAGCGGGCGCGCUACAGCCUGACCCGGUGCGUGCUCGUGGCCUUGGCGGCGGCGGGCACCUCCAAGUCGUUGACGCCGCACGUGAUUGCGUGGCUGGCGCCGCCGCUGCCGUCGUCUGCCGGCCCUGCGGCCACCGCAGCAGCAGCAGCAGCAGCAGCAGCAGCAGCAGCAGCAGCUGCUGGCGCGGCGUCAACGUCCACGUCAAGCCUGCGCGGCUGCCUGUGGGGCACGCUGCGGUCCGCGCUACCGGCAAUGACUGUGCUCGACCGGGGUGUGGCGCCCGAGCAGUCCGUUGCGGCCCGGGCACACGUCGCCUGCAUUGUGGGUCUGAUGCGGCUCGCGGCGGACGUGGUGGCGACCUCUGCGCAACCUGGCUCGACAGCAGCAGGGGGCCUCGGAAGUGGCAAAGGAGGCGGCCUGGCCAGCAAGCGGGGCGGUGCCGCCAGCACCGAUGCGGCCAGCGCGUUGCGCGCGGAGAAAGCUUUCCGAGAAUUCGCGUUCCGCAUUCACUGCGAGUUGGGAUUCGGGCCGAUGCUAAUGUCCGACUGUGAUGGCAACACGGGGUUCGGCCGCAGCGACUGCAUCCUGCCGCGGGAGUGCAGUGAGGAUGUGCUCAGCCGGUGGCUGCCGAACAGCGAUGUGAAGCUUGCAAGCCUACUCAAUACAUUGGCUGUCGCCGCUGACGACGCGGCUGGCAAGAAGGUAGCGGUGGCGGAGAAGGUGCGGCAGCGCCGGGCCCAGCAGCAGAGCAGCACGGGGCAGCAGCAGGGGGCGGGUGAGCUGGGGCCGGCGGCUGAGGCCGUCCUGCCGCCACCUCUGGCAGUGGAUCCGGUGGCGACUGCGUUCUGGCAGCUGCGCGUGUGCGGCAACCCGGGCUGUGAAGAGUUUGAUUGCGGCUCGGAGGCGGCCUUGGGCCUGAGGCUGUGCGGCCGCUGCCGGAGCGUGCGCUACUGCAGUGCGGCUUGCCAGGCGGCGCACUGGCGGGCGGGGCACAAGGACGUGUGCACGUGCGUGGCCGCGGCGGUGGCGACCGGGCUACAAAGCACUGUGUGAUAGCGGUGCGUGUUGCAUGCAACUGCGUAUGUGCCUUCAUUGCUGUACCGGAAUAAUGUGUGUGGCGUGUGCUAAGGAAUGCGCUUUAAUGCGGGGUGGCGGUGGCCGAACCAAUCACAGUAACGCAUGAGUUUGGGGGACGGAGAUGUCUGCGGGUGGCGUGCGAACACAGGGCUGGUGACAUAUUAGGCAGGUGGCUUGGCAACCCAUGGUGCCGUCAGGGGGGGGGGGGGGUAGGAAACAAAGUGCCAGACCCCAUGCCCCGAAAUCCCCCGGGACCUCCCUUGAGGGGACGACCGACCCCCCGACGGACAAAACCUUGUUGUUCAGGGGUUAAAACCCCUCCAUUUAAUACCAAA